UCUCUUUACUACAAAUCUUGAAGAAGAAAAAAAUCUUGUCUUUUCUCUAUCUAGUCCAAACCCAGAUCUGCGGUUGAAAUCUUGGAUUAUAAUAAUGUCGACAGAUGUGCAUUCUAAUGGAAAUGCCCCAAAUUCAAAGGCAUUCAAGAUUUUCAUAGGUUAUGAUCCUCGUGAAGAUGUUGCUUAUGAGGUCUGUCGUUACUCCCUUCUCAAAAGAUCUUCAAUCCCACUUGAAAUCAUACCCAUUAAACAAUCAGAGUUAAGGGAAAAAGGGUUGUACUGGCGUGAAAGGGGGAAAUUAGAAAGCACUGAGUUUUCAUUUUCUCGUUUUUUGACACCCCAUUUGGCUAAUUUUGAAGGGUGGGCUAUGUUUGUUGAUUGUGAUUUCUUGUAUUUAGGGGAUAUUAAGGAAUUGAGGGAUAUGGUUGAUGAUAAAUAUGCUUUAAUGUGUGUACAACAUAAUUAUGCUCCAAAAGAGACUACUAAAAUGGAUGGGGCAGUUCAAACUGUGUAUCCUAGGAAGAAUUGGUCAUCAAUGGUUCUUUAUAAUUGUGGGCAUCCAAAGAAUAAGGUGUUGACACCUGAGAUUGUGAAUACUGAAUCUGGGGCAUUUCUUCAUAGGUUUACUUGGUUGGAAGACGAGGAGAUUGGGGAAGUUCCGUUCGUUUGGAACUUCCUCGUCGGGCAUAAUAAGGUUGUUGAAGGGGAUCCUGCAACAUUUCCUAAGUCGAUUCAUUAUACGCUUGGUGGACCUUGGUUUGAGGUUUGGAAGGAUUGUGAAUUUGGGGAUUUGUGGAUAAAGGAACUCGAGGAGUACAAGAAGGCGACAGAGAAGAAGGUGGAUUAAGGCAAUGUAGGUUAUUGGUAUUGUUUGAUUCACACAGUUUUUAGUUAAGGUAAUUCAUUCGUUAUGUGUUUUCCUUGAUUUAGUCUUCCAUAUUGUUUCGAUUGUGAGAUGUAAUCGAUUCAUUUUCAAAUCAAAUACUUUGUAUUCUAGUUUUACUACCUUUAGUUAGUAAGCAGUUUUUCAGUCAUAUCUUUUGUAUUGUAAUCAUAAUAGAUUCAUGAAGGAAAGAAUAAGAUCAUCUUGAUCUUUGAAUGAUUUGUUGAGUAUGCUUUUGGUUA